GGCGUUUGCGACGGCAGGCUGGGGUGAUGACCGGCGGCGCGGAUUGCGGCAGCGUGAAGAUGGCUGAGGAGGAGCGGAGUGUUCAGGCGGAGAAACUGAAGGAAAAGGCCAAUAAUUACUUUAAAGAAAAAGACUAUGAAAACGCAAUCAAGUAUUACACGGAGGCGCUGGACCUAAAUUCAUCCAAUGCCAUCUACUACAGUAACCGGAGCCUGGCGUACCUGCGCACAGAGUGCUAUGGCUACGCCUUGGCAGACGCCACCCGUGCCCUGGAGAUCGACAAGAACUACAUCAAGGGCUACUACCGGCGGGCCACCUCAAACAUGGCCCUGGGCAAGUUCAAAGCUGCCCUCAAAGAUUACGAGACGGUAGUGAGGGUUCGUCCCAAUGACAAGGAUGCGAAGAUGAAGUAUCAGGAGUGCAACAAGAUUGUGAAGCAGAAAGCCUUCGAGAGAGCCAUCGCCAGUGACGAGCUCAAAAGAUCAGUGGUGGACUCCUUAGACAUCGAGAACAUGACCAUUGAGGAUGAGUAUGCAGGCCCUAAACUUGAAGAUGGUAAAGUAACUUUGAAGUUCGUGAAGGAGCUGAUGGACUGGUUCAAGGACCAGAAGAAGCUGCAUCGGAAGUGUGCUUACCAGAUGCUGGUUCAAGUAAAAGAAGUUUUAUCCAAACUGCCAAGUCUUGUUGAAAUUACGUUAAAAGAGACAGAGAAAAUAACCAUUUGUGGGGACACGCAUGGCCAGUACUACGACCUUCUAAACAUCUUUGAGUUGAAUGGUUUACCAUCUCCGACGAAUCCUUAUCUGUUCAACGGUGACUUUGUGGACCGUGGCUCCUUCUCAGUGGAAGUUAUUCUCACACUCUUUGGUUUCAAGCUGCUUUACCCAGAUCACUUCCACCUACUGCGGGGUAACCACGAGACAGACAACAUGAAUCAAAUGUACGGCUUUGAGGGUGAGGUCAAGGCCAAGUACACGGCGCAGAUGUUCCAGCUGUUCAGUGAGGUCUUCCAGUGGCUUCCACUCGCUCAGUGCAUCAACAGCAAAGUGCUGGUGAUGCACGGAGGACUGUUCAGUGAGGACGGCGUGACCUUAGAUGACCUUAGAAAGAUCGACAGAAACAGACAGCCUCCAGACUCGGGUCCUAUGUGCGAUCUCUUGUGGUCAGAUCCUCAACCUCAGAACGGGCGAUCCAUCAGUAAGCGUGGCGUGAGCUGUCAGUUUGGGCCCGAUGUCACCCAGCGCUUCCUGGAACAGAACAAGCUGCAGUACAUUGUGCGCAGUCAUGAGGUGAAGGCCGAGGGCUACGAGGUCACUCACUCAGGGAAGUGCAUCACGGUGUUCUCAGCGCCAAAUUACUGUGACCAGAUGGGUAACAAAGGAGCCUACAUUCACCUCAGGGGAUCUGACCUCAAGCCUGAAUUCCACCAGUUCACUGCUGUGCCUCAUCCGAAUGUUAAGCCCAUGGCGUACGCCAACUCUCUGUUGCAGUUGGGAAUGAUGUAGAGGCACUCGAGCUGUCCAUCCAUCUCUCAGCAGCUGUUCCUCUCUCAAGUCAAAACCAAUCCCUCCAGAAACGUCACACGCUCUCCUCAUUCCUGUUUUGCACGAGCGGUUUGUCUCUCACACACACAAGCGCUCGUGGUACUGAGAGUAGCAGGGGGAGACCUGGAAUCAAAAGCCGUGUUUGUGCUCCGACGGUAAAACAAAAAAAAAGAAAAGCAAAGUGGGAAUUUCCUGUUCGUUAUCCACUUUGAAAUGGGUUUAAAAAAAA